GCAACGUAGGCUCUCGCGCACAAGAUAUUCGUUUUGUGACAGAAACUCGUAUGACGGCGAAAAAGAGGAAAAGUUAGGGCGAAGCAAGGCGACUGCAAAAAUGAACACAUCUCUGAUAAUAGGCUUAGUGUGCUUUCUUGCUAAUUUUAGCUUGGGAUCAACCCUUCAGUGCUAUAAAUGCAUGGAUUACUCUGGACGCUGUUCAGAUGUCCAGGACUGCUCCUAUCAGGAUGCCUGCCUGUCACUAAAUGAAAGGGGAGGGAAGACCAUCCGUAAGUGCAUCAGGUACACAGAUUGUGACAACGCCCGGCUGACUCAGAUGUUUCCUUCAGUGUCUGGUUUCACAUACAGGUGCUGCAGCUCUAACCUGUGCAAUGCCAGUCCUGGUACCAUGAUUAGCAGGUCUUUCCUGGGCUUGCUGGCACCACUUCUUGUAUUUUGGUGCUCCCUGAUUUGAAAUAUUGGAUCAGACAACACAAAGUAAAUGAAUUAACCAUAGCAUCAUAUUUCAGGGGAAAGAAAAAGAGAAGUGGCAAGUAACUGCACAAUUGAAUUAAUGCGCUGAUGCCAUGGAAUUUAAUUCAUUUUCAAAAAGCACUUAUUUAAUAGCACUUUCCAGGUGUGAAAAUUGAAGGAUGUAAUACAGUUCUUGAUGAAAUGGAGGCUUACAUAAAUAAUAAGGUUUUUGCAUUUCGUAAUACUGAGAGACAGAUAUGAAACUUGGUGGAGAGUUAAGUGCGUAGUGAAGGCACAAAGUGGCUUUUAUUUUUUUUUAUUUUAACAAAAAGCUAAAGACCAAGAAAAUUCUGGUAAAAAAUAAUAUUAAUGUUAAGCAGUAAUGUGAUUGGACUGUUUGAUCAAUAUUAUAUGAUUUGAAAUACAUCGAUAUGUGGUUAUUUAGCUAUUUUGUAUGUGUUUAACCCCAUUUUAUUCUCAGUUUGGAAUUAUAUACAGUGGGCUCCAGAAUUAUUGGCACUCUUCAUAAAAAUGAAGAAAAAAAGCUGCAUAUAAUAAAUUACACAGAUAAUAAUCUAUAUGUUAUGUUCAAACAUAUGGGAAAACGAUAUACUUUUAUUUCAAUACAUUUACUGUCAUGCUUCAAAGUAAUCUAAUUUUUUCUGAAAACCAUAGGUGCCAUAAUUAUUGGCACCCCUAACAAUUAUUGUAAGUAAGUAAAAUCAAACAAAAUUGGCAAUACAAUUUUACUUAAUUUAGUUCAUCUCAGUCUAAAGGAACUAUAUUGUGUCAUUCCAUCACUUCCAGUUUCACUUGAGAAUAAAAAUGAGGUGACAAGCAUACAAAAUCCCUUUGUCAUCCGUCAGCAUGGGAAAAGCCAAAUAACUGUCAAUUCAGAAGAGACCAAUGGUAAUGUACCAUCACAAGUCUGGUAAUGGGUACAAAAAAAGACAUAAACGGUUAAACACACCACUUAGCACUGUAAGGGCAAUAAUAAAAAGAUGUAAAACAUAUGGAAUGGUUGCAAAUUUGCCAGGAAGAGGUAGCACCUGCACGGUGUCCCCACGGACGGUGAGGAAGAUGGUGAGGGAGGCCAUUAAUAACCCAAGGAUCACUGUUUAAGAAUUGCAGAAAUUGGUUUGUUUCUUGCAGUCAACAAGUCUAAAAAAAACAUUAAAUGGCACCUCCAUACCAACUAACUCUUUGGAAGGGUGGCACGAAGACAGCUCUUACUGAGCACAAUAAACAAAACCAAGAAUCUGGAACUUGCCAAACCUCAUUGGAAUUAUGACUGAAAGAGAGUGCUAUUGUCAGAUGAGACCAAAAUUGAACGUUUUGGCCAUACACAUCGACAUGUUUGGCAGCAAAAGAGGAAUGCAUAAAGGAGAAGCACCUCAUAUCUACUGCCAAAUAUGGAGGUGGGUCAUUGAUAUUUUGGAGAUGUUUUGCUGGUAGUGGUCCCGGGGCACUAUUUUAGAUCAAUGGCACAAUGAAUUCAACAACGUACCAGGAAAUUCUGGCAGAAAAUUUGGUUGUCUCUGCUAAGAAGCUAGGACUUGGUCAUAGGUAGAUUGUCCAGCAGGACAGUGACUCCAAGAAUACAUCAAAAUCUAAACAGAAAUGCUUAAGUGAAAUCAACAUCCAUGUUUUCCAAUGGUCAUCUCAGUCUCCAGACUUAAAUUCCAUCAAAAACCUGUGGUCUGAACUGAAGGGAAGGGGGGUCCAUGAGCACAAACCCAAAGAUAUCAAUGAUUCUGAAAAGUUCUACAUGGAGCAAUGGUCAAAGAUCUCUCCAAAUGUGUUCUCUAACCUUAUCACAAAUUAUAGGAAAAGACUCAUGGCUGUCAUCUUUGCCAGGGGUGUUUUCACAAAGUAUUAAACCAGGGGUGCCAAUAAUUGUGGAACCUGUUUUUUGGGGAAAUAUUUUUUUAUUUUAAAAAUGUAAGACUUUGGUUGAUUUCAAUGAAUCAUUAACCAAGCACACUAGUUUACACAUGUUGGAAAAUAAAGCUUAUGUCAAUUAAUUUUUAGUUUAGCAUUUUUUUAAGCAUUUUUGUGCAUAUUUAUCAAGGGUGCCAAUAAUUCUGGAGCCCACUGUAUAUAUCAGUGCAAAUUGCAGCAGCCUCUGCUAUUGAAUUGGGAGUGCACAAACAAGCACAUGCUCUCCUUCCAAGUAUGUGAUGCCAAGUGUAACCUGCAUAGAUGAGUUGGAGUAAACUUAAUGUGCAACGUGACAGGCAAAGAAAUGGGCAGUGUGGAUUGCUUUUGCAUGAUACAGUGCUGUCGUUCUAGGCAACUGUAAACCUCCCACCCCUGGGCAACUUUAUUUGCUUUUUAAAUGUUCAUUAUAAUUUAAUUCCAUUUUAGGGCAUUGAGCUAAUAUUCAGCUAAAUCGGCCUGAUGUUUUUAAAGCUGCAAUAUGAUGAAUUCUUGUGUAAACCAUUGGUCUGGGGAAAAAAAUUGUUAAAAGAAAAUGUUAUGAAACAUGUUUUUCUGUUCAUUUAAUUCACUUCCCUAGGAAUACUGUGCAAAUGUGCAAAAAAAGGAAAUAAACUAAAGUACUGAAUAUUUUAGUUUAA